AUGAAUCAAAUGCAGGUCCAGGAUCAAAGGAACAAAAGCUCAAAGAUCAAGGAUCAAAUGCUGGGUUUGGACCGUCGAGAGAAAAUGCUGACAGUUGUGCUGUCAGCAAUGAAGCUUAUCCUCCUGCUGGGUUUUCUGUUCAUUUUCAUCUGCUCCCUCAAUGUCAUCAGCUCAGCCUUCCAACUAGUUGGAGGUAAAACAGCAGGUGAUAUCGUUCAUGAUGACACAGUUUUGUCCAACCCCCUGGCCGGUCUGGUCAUCGGUGUCCUAGUGACCUUGCUGGUCCAGAGCUCGUCCACGUCCUCCUCUAUUGUUGUCAGCAUGGUCUCCUCUGGAUUGCUAUCAGUCCAGCUGGCAGUUCCUGUUAUUAUGGGCACCAAUAUUGGCACCUCCGUUACCAAUACUCUCGUUGCCAUGAUGCAGGCAGGUGACCGCAGUACCUUUCGCAGGGCUUUUGCAGGAGCCACAGUGCACGACUUCUUCAACUGGCUUUCUGUGCUGGUGCUGCUGCCUCUGGAGGUGGCCACGGGUUAUUUGUACAGGAUCACCAAGUUCAUCAUUGACUCCUUUAACAUUCAGCAGGGAGAGGCUCCAGAUCUCUUAAACGUAAUCACUGAUGUCCUCACCGAGUCAGUCAUCCAGUUGGAUGAGUCUGUCAUCAGUGGGGUUGCCAUUGGAGAUCCAGAAGCUAGAAAUAAGAGUCUCAUCAAGAUAUGGUGCCAGUCCUUCACUAACACAACCUCAGUUAACGUUACAGUACCUGGUCCAGAGAACUGCAGCUCUUUGACUUUCUGCUGGGUUGAAGGCAACCUCACGUUCACAAUGAAGAACAUUUCGGAGACAUACAACAUCCAGAAAUGUAAGCAUCUCUUUGUGGAUGUGUCUCUGUCUGACCUGGAGGCGGGUUUGAUCCUGCUUCUCCUUUCUCUGCUGGUGCUCUGCUCCUGUCUCGUCCUCAUAGUCAAGCUGCUCAACUCCAUGCUGAAGGGACAGGUGGCAGCAGUCAUCAAGAAAACCCUCAACACAGAUUUCCCAUUUCCACUUGGCUGGAUCACAGGUUACGUUGCCAUUUUAGUGGGUGCUGGGAUGACCUUCAUUGUCCAGAGCAGUUCUGUGUUUACAUCUGCUAUCACUCCACUUGUUGGUAUUGGUGUCAUCAGCAUAGAGCGUGCGUACCCUUUGUCACUGGGAUCAAAUAUUGGCACAACCACCACAGCUGUCGUGGCUGCUAUGGGUAGUCCUGGAGAAACACUGGCUAAUGCUUUACAGAUUGCACUUGUUCACUUCAUGUUCAACAUCUCUGGCAUCAUUUUGUGGUAUCCGAUCCCUUUUACCCGCGUUCCUAUCUGGCUGGCUAAAGGUUUGGGAAACACCACAGCCACUUACCGCUGGUUUGCUGUGGUCUACAUCGUCGGUUGCUUCUUCCUGUUGCCCCUAAUUAUCUUCAGCUUGACGCUGGCCGGCUGGCAGGUCCUGGUCAGUGUGGGAACUCUGCUCAUUGUCAUGACGACGCUCAUAAUGGUGAUCAACUUGUUGCAGAAAAAAAACCCAGAGUGUCUGCCUGCAGCGCUGCACUCCUGGGACUUCCUGCCCCCCUGGACCCGUUCGCUGGCCCCCUGGGACAGACUGAUUGGUGGGAUUACUGCCAAAUGCUGUUGCCUGGUUGCUGCUGAUGAGCAUCAUUGCAAAGAAUCAGUGCAGCCUGAGAAACUACAAGCAGAGACAAAUGAUAACCUUGAAAAAGAGGGUGAAAAUGGGAUAACAAUAGAACAAAAGAUUCUGAGAUUAACACGACUUUGA